CUAGUGAUUCCCCGUUCGACGCUUCUCCAAUCUUCAUCCCGUGACUCGACGCUCGAAAACACAACACCAGCCUGCACACGAGCAUACAUAAGUCUGCCUGAUGGAUGGCCUUCGCGACAUUAUUCUCUCAGAACUCAGGGUUUUGCAUCAAGAUGGUGGCAUUCUUGGAUUAAUCCAGCUCAUUGACCGGCUUCGAUCGACCGGCCCUCCGUAUCAUCCUGUGAUUCUCGAUCUCUGCUGCCUCAUCCGAACACUUUGGCAAUUACGGUCGCUGACAAGGGAUCAAUUAUGGCCUGGUAACUUUAUGUUGCAAGCCUUUCAGUGGAUUUGCGAGGCAAAGAUGGCAAUGAAAGGACUAUUUGCAACGAUGACGAGCAAGGUUGUAGAUGAGGGCGCGAUCCAACAAAGAGCAAACUCUGUGCUAUGGGCGCUGAAUCGAUUUCAGGCGAUGACUCGAUUCCUGGUCGCGCCAUGUGAGUCUGUUGUCAACAAAGGUGGAGGCCUUCUUAUUUGCCGGAGGCACGGCCAGGAUCGGUAUAAACUGGAUUCAGGUUGCACAUACGAGGACGAGAACACCGUAUUGCAAGAAUUUUGGAGCAAUCGCAAUGCCGGAAUCUUUGAGCAUAUCAGCCUCAAGAGUGGUGGAACACAGUACUAUGACCCUAUGUUCUGGUCUCGUGACCAACUCAGUGCGAGGGAGUACUUCACCGUCGGUCGCGUUUUUAUGAUGCUUUGGGAUGUGAACGCCCUUCGAAGGGACCUUCAGGAGAUUGCUGAUGAGGACCCAACGGUUCACGCGAAUCGGCGCUCGUUUAUGGUCAUGGAGAACUCUUACACCGGACCAUACACCGGGCCGGAGACUGUUAGGCGGUUUGUCGUCGUUGCGGAAGGCGUCCGAUCAUCCUAUUGCCUACCAAUAAGUUCGUUCAACGACCACGGCUGCUCCCAGCAGCAGGAUCAGCGGAGUUAUGGAGUGAUUUAUACCGGGAAUAUAUCGCAAGCCGCCGACCUUCCAGAGGAGAGAGGGAUGAUUUAUCCGCCUAUCUACAUUACUCCUGUUGCGCCCAAGCCCUGGUCUCGCGAGGUUCUGCUUAAGACUGACGUACCACCGGUGCCCUUAAACUCGGAACUUCCCUCACUUGAACUGCCUGCCCAAUGUCGACUUGACUAUCGUCGCCUGUGUGAAGUGGAGCAUAUCGUUUGCAGCAGGAAUAUAGGCUUGGUUUGUAGCGAGUCAUUAAGAAUCCUUGAGGAAUACGCUGCGUCUGUCGGUUUGGCAAGCCAAAGCCUAAGCAAGAUAGAUGAAGACGUCAUGGAUUUGUCAUGA